AUACACCACACAGAAGAGCAGUUCUCACUUCCACUUCACCUGUUUUUUUUCUUACUCUAACACGGAUAGUAAAUAUAGAAUUCUGCACGCUGUGUCUCAAUUAGAGGCCGAUCCUCUCCACGACAACAAUGAACAUCUCUGAAGAAGAACACAGCUUCUAUGGCCGUGAAUCCCACCAAGAGAACAUGAUCUUUUCUACAUUUUACAUCUUGAUUUUCAUCAUCGCCGUGCCGGGGAAUGCCCUGGCACUCUGGUCCUUCUCUCACCAGGACUGCACAUCUCCAUCCAGGGUGUUUCUGAUGCACUUGUCUGUAGCAGACAUCUCCUACAUUCUCAUUUUACCCAUGCGUAUAGUUUACCACCUCUCUGACAGCUAUUGGUAUUUUGGAGUCGUAGCUUGUCAACUGGCAGGAUUCCUGUUUUACCUGAACAUGUACUGCAGCCUAUAUUUAAUGAGUUUUAUCAGCUUGGACAGAUUUUUUGCUGUGGUUCUACCUCUAAAAUCACAGUCAAUAAGGAAGGCUGUGUAUGCAAAGGUAGCUGUCGCCAUACUUUGGGUGACAGUUAUUUUGUCGAUGAGCCCUCUGCUUAUCUCCAAAAAGAAUGCAACCAUCAACUCCACUGGCAUCUGCUACAAGCUGUACUUGGAAAAGACAUCAUCCACAGCUUUGGUUUCCACUGUCGUGGCAUUUAUUAUUCCCCUCACCACCAUAGUUGUUUCUUACAUAUUGAUUUUAUUGAAACUGAGGACAAUCAAGCAGCGCCCAGUGAAAGAAAAAGCGAUCAAAAUGAUCAUACUCAUUGUGAUGAACUUCCUGUUUGCAUUUGUGCCUUAUCAUGUGAGCAGGGUAAUCUACAUCCAAAGCUACAGUCAAGGCCAUGUGACUGCAGCAAGCCGUGAGUUACUGGGAAGAGCCAAUCGGAUCACAUCUGCAAUGACCUGUUUUAGUGGUGCACUGGAUCCUGUUAUGUAUUUCUUUCUGAGCCAUGCAUACAGGAGUAACUUGCUUAAGCUGUUAGGUAAAAACGAUCAAGAAAUAACAACCUAGACAAUACGUUUUCUUUUGUUUUUUGUUUUUUUUUUAACAAAUUGUCCUUUAUGUAAUUAAUUGGGUCAAAGGGGCAAAAAACACAAACUUGCUCUUGUUCAAACGUUGCUUGACAGACAUGUGACUAGUGAUUAUUUUCUCUCCACUGUCACUAAACUUUCAAAGGAAUUAAAACCCUCUAUCACCUCUUAAUCACUUCAUCUUGUCAACAAGUCAUACAAAACACAAUGUGUAUAAUUUCAGAUUUUGAAAAUAGUUUGGCAGGGAAAUUCACUGUCAGUACCUGCAAUAUGAUCCUACAGGCCUCGUUCACAAUUCUGAAGAACUUUUCAUAUUCAGAAAAAUAUUAGAUGAGAGGAUUGAUUUUAUUAAAUAUUAUUCAUUUAAAAAUAAAGUCUAUGACUCAUAAGCUUAGUCAGUAAUAAUAGAUGAGGUUGAAUCAAUAAUUACAG